AUUCGCGAUUCCUUUGUUGCAGUCUGCCUAUUCGAGCUUACUCACUCCUUGCCUGGCACACGGAGCAUCUACAUCGUGGGUUUUCACGGCCUUCCAGACAUCUGCCUCCCCCAUACUCACCAGCGCCGCAUCUUGCUCGGUCCUCGGGAUACGUCUUACUUAAUUCGUCUUUCCCUUCCCAGCGCCGACGUGGCAUUGCAGCCAUGGCUCCCUCCUGGAGCCCGGCGCGCAUCGCUGCCUGCGGGCUGCUGAUGUUGGCAUCGUGGGUGCCGACAGCCAGCGCCGACAAGACAGCUGCCGAUUAUUUCGUUCACUCUUUGCCUGGUGCCCCGGCUGGUCCGUUGGUCAAGAUGCACGCUGGACAUGUCGAGGUCACCCCAGAGAAGAACGGCAACCUCUUCUUCUGGCACUUUGAAAACCAGCAUAUUGCCAACCGCCAGCGAACAGUCAUCUGGCUCAACGGCGGCCCCGGCUGCAGUUCCGAGGACGGUGCCAUGAUGGAGAUAGGUCCUUACCGCUUGAAAGACCAGGACACUCUCGAGUACAACAAUGGCUCGUGGCAUGAGUUUGCCAACCUCCUCUUUGUCGAUAACCCUGUUGGCACCGGGUUCAGCUACGUCAACACCAACAGCUACGUAACCGAACUCGAUGAGAUGGCCGACCAGUUCGUCACCUUCCUUGAAAAAUGGUUUGCGCUUUUCCCACAGUACGAGCACGACGAUAUCUAUAUUGCUGGAGAAUCAUACGCAGGCCAACAUAUCCCCUACAUUGCCAAAGCUAUCGUCGAGCGCAACAAGAAACCCGCAACUCAACACUCGUGGAACCUGAAGGGACUGCUUAUCGGCAAUGGGUGGAUCUCUCCCCCCGAGCAGUACGAUGCCUAUCUCAAAUUCGCCUAUGAGAAAGACCUCGUCCAGAAGGGAUCCGAUGUUGCCCAACAGCUGGAGGCCACCUACCGUCAGUGUAGCAAGCUCAUGGCCACGGGUGGAUACGACCAUGUCGACAGUUCUGGGUGUGAAGAGGUUCUCCAAGACAUCCUCCGCUUGACCGUCAAAAAGGUCAAUGGGAAGAACCAGUGUGUCAACAUGUACGAUGUCCGCCUGACAGAUACCUACCCGAGCUGUGGCAUGAACUGGCCCCCGGACUUGACCUCUGUCACGCCUUACCUGCGAAAGAGCGAGGUUACCUCGGCUUUGCACAUCAACCCCGCCAAAAGUACUGGGUGGUCUGAAUGUAAUGGCGCUGUGGGUGCUGCAUUUAGAGCUCAGAACUCUCUUCCAUCUGUCAGGCUCCUUCCUGACCUGCUCAAGGAAAUGGAUAUUCUCCUGUUCUCGGGUGCUGAGGAUCUUAUUUGCAACCAUCUUGGAACCGAGGCCUUCAUUAGCAACAUGGAGUGGAAUGGCGCCAAAGGAUUCGAGGUGUCACCGGGUAACUGGGCGCCGCGUCAGGACUGGACAUUCGAGGGUGAAGCCGCCGGCUUUUGGCAAGCAGCCCGCAAUCUGACUUACGUCUUGUUCUACAAUUCAUCCCACAUGGUUCCUUUCGAUUACCCUCGCCGAACUCGCGAUAUGCUCGAUCGAUUCGUCGGCGUGGAUAUCAGCGGUAUCGGCGGCCAACCUGGACAGAGUCUGCUCGAUGGCGAGAAACUUCCAGAUACGACUGUUGGUGGAGCUACCAACAACACCGCUUCUGACCAGGCCCAAAAGGACAAGGCGCUGAGCGACGCCAAAUGGGCUGCCUACCAGAAAUCUGGGGAGCUUGUACUGGCAAUUGUUGCUAUUGGUGCUGCCGUCUGGGGGUUCUUCAUUUGGAGAAGCCGCAGAAGGACUCAAGGUUAUCAGGGCCUCUCGGCUGUUGCUGAGAGAGCACGCGGCGGAACUGGUCUCGAGAACUUCCGCAGCAAAAGAACGAACCGCGAUGUCGAAGCUGGCGAUUUCGAUGAGAGUGAACUGGAUGAUUUGCACGUCUCCACGCCUACCGACAUGAACAAAGAGCAUUACAGCAUCGGCGACGAUAGUGACGAAGAUGCUGCCCGCGAGAAGCCGAAGGCGGGCUCAUCCAGCCGUGCUUGAACUAUUCUAUCUCUAGCUCGUAUGCAUUGGUCUGGCGUUUUUGGUUAUACUAGCUGCAGAUAUCUGUAUAUACAUAGCCGGAGUUGAUUUUAGCUUGCUUGGUCAUAACGGUGCUGCCCCCCAAGUGACGAUAGUAGUCCAGCAGUAUGCGAGCACGCACUUUGAGUUUGACUUCUACUACGAAAGCCAUGCGUUCCAGCAUACGAAACCGAGAUGAUCAGAACUGACUCGUCGUCUUCAAAAUGACUCAAAUAAAUAGGUGCUCUUUCUCCUGAAUAAAGUCUCAAUAAAUAAAUUAACAAAGACCCGGCUCGGCUUGCGGUACUUUCAACGAUGAUUUCCCCCACGCAAGCAUCACCCUUUUUCUCGGCGGCCUACAUCACGCAGCACAUUACAUGAGCAGUCAGCUCCCUCGGUAUACCGCGGGAACUGCGCAGUCUGGAUCUACGAU